AUGGUGGAGAUGACUGCUCCAGCUUAUCGUGACGAAAAGGGCAAUCCCGCUCCACAUCGCGAGCCGAACUUCUUGCCCACAACUCCCCCGAAUGACACCUCGACUCCCGAUUAUGCUGUUGCUGCAUCUCUCAAUGUGUCCGCUAAUUUUCACGAAGAAGGAAGGUCUUUCUGCUGUUCGUCGCAGACGCUGAACAUCCUCACUCUGAACCUGUCGUUGUAUACGGCAGAAUGUCCCUUACGCUUGGGUGGGAGAGGGUCGUUCUGGCUAGAGAGGUUAGACCCAGCCGGUAUCAGAGGCUAUACGCGCAACAACCUCGAAACCUUCUCUCUUACGACUCCAUGGCUUCUCCAAAGGAACCAUUGCCGACAUGCAUCCAGCCAUUUGUCAAUCACCCUCGCCGAAAUGCCAUCGAGAUCACCAACAAUCUCCGAUGGCUCUUGGGAGAUCUUAGGCGUCAUCGAAGAAGGCCGCAACAACGACGAACGCGCAGUCCCAAGAAGCUCAUAUCACAGGUUGGAGAAACCAGACAGGACAACGCAGAGCAGACUGCGAAACGAUCACGUCCUUCGUCAAAGAAUCAUCAUCGCUGCCUGUGUGGGCAGCUUCCUCUUCCUGGCGGUGCUUGGCUUUGGUGUCGGUCUCUUCGCGGCUUAA